AUGACUCAACCACAAGGACUUGUGGAUGUUGAUCACCCUGAGUAUGUUUAUAAACUGCAACGGUCUUUAUAUGGCUUAAAACAAGCUCUGAGACCUUGGGAUGAGCGAUUUACCAAGGUUCUUUUAUCCUUGGGAUUUAAAUCCUCGUAUGUUGAUCUAUCAUUGUUUAUGAAGUUUAAUGGUCAGUCUAUUGUUGUUCUACUUUUGUAUGUUGAUGAUAUAAUUUUGACUGGGAGCGUUGAGAGUCAUGUUCAAGCUAUGAUUAGUCAAUUGACCAAAGACUUUGAUAUGACGGAUCUUGGUCUACUGCACUAUUUUCUUGGUUUACAGAUUGAAUAUCAAGCUCAAGGGAUCUUUGUUCAUCAGUCCAAGUAUGUUACAUAUCUUCUACAGAAAAUGAACAUGCUUCAUUGCAAAUCUUGCAUCACUCCUUGUCAUCCAAAUCACAAGCUACUCAAUCAUGGUAGCCCUUAUGUUUUGGAUCCAAGUCUUUACAGAAGCAUCGUUGGAGCAUUACAGUACCUCACCUUCCAAAGGCUAGACAUUGCGUAUUCUGUUAAUCAAGUAUGUCAGUUUAUGCAUUCUCCUCUUAAAGAUCAUUUUGUUGCUGUAAAAAGGAUUUUGAUGUAUCUUCAAGGUACCAUUGGUCUUGGCUUAUGUUUUAAACCUGGUUCCAUGGAUAUUAAGGCAUACACAAAUGCGGAUUGGUCUGGUGACCCUAAUGAUAGGCGUUCCACCAUUGGUUUUGUUGUGUUUUUAGGCUCUAAUCCGGUUUCUUGGAGUUCUAAGAAACAACAUACAGUAAGCUGGUCCUCUACAGAAACUGAAUAUCGAGCAAUGGCUAUUACCACUGCUGAAGUUAUGUGGAUUCAACAACUACUUAAGGAUUUGCAUCUUUCUAGUUCAUCUACUCCCCUACUACACUGUGAUAAAGCAAAGCAUAUUGAAGUUGACUACCACUUUAUGCGAGAACGUGUUCAACAAUGCAUAAUUGUGUUGUAG